AUGCGUCUUCUUCCUCCUUCGGUGCUGCUGCAAUGCGUCCUCUCCCUUCGUUGCUGCUUCUACUUCUUACGGGUCGCUAGCAGGAGGAAGACGAUGGAGGGAGAUGAAGAUGACGGCGGCGGGGUAUGGCGGUUGGCGGCAGAGCGAGAGAUAGAAGGAAGUGGGAGGAGAGGCUGGAGGGAGAGGAAGAUGAUGGCGGCGAGGUGUGGCGGAUGGCGACGAGCGAGAUGUUGA